UCAGGAUUGGAAGAUUCACCAAACAGAACUGAUGGCCCGAAAUGGCCAAAAGUCAGAAGAAGAAGAAGAAAUGUGCUAAGAGCAAUUCGGUUUCAGAUUACCCAGCCUUAUUUGAAGACGAAUUGUGUUCACGUCUCGGUCAAGAAUGGUUUUCUUUCGGUACCAAUAUUGGUUUUGAACACAGUUCUCUGGUCCAGCUGCAAGACCUAUUUCCACGUAAUCAUAAAAAAUGUGCCAAAUACAUGCUCCAGCAGUGGAAUGCCGUGGUAGUGAAUCAUACCUUGAAAUGUGUUCCUUUACUAUACUUUGGAUUGAAGGAAAUUAACCUUUUGGAUCUCGCAGAUGACCUCUUGAAAGCUGCAAAUUCUGAUAAACCAGAGUCCAAACAUGAGGGUAUUUGGGAUGAUCUCUUGAAGGACUUAAAAAAGAUUUCAUUCACAAUGAUGCCUCAACUUGAUGAAAAGGAGAGUACAAUCAAAGAGGCAGAUACAUAUAUCUUCACGGACUGUAGUAAUAUUGUUAUUGGACAAGGUUCAACGCUCACUGUUAAUCAGGCAUACACAGAAUUAGCAAAUCCGAAAGGAAAACAGCAAAAGAAAGAUGCCAUUCUUCUUGGUAUGCUUCAAAGUAUCUUAUACCCAAAUGAAACCGAAGAACCAAAGGAAAUGAAUCUGCAAAAACUUGAGACUGUUUUUUCCAGGCUUUUUGGAACAUUUCGUACUGAAAAAAACGUCUUUUUACCAAGUUUCGGGAAUGAAGCUAAAAACCUUUUUACAAAAAUAUCCACUGAAGUUUAUGUGUACGAAAAGAAGAUCAGAAUUUGCUGUUAAAUUUAUUCCAGGAGAUGAUAAAUGGCAUGAAUGCUAUGGGCUUCAUAUGCUAAGUAGUGCAUCUCAGGCCAAGCAAUGUAGUGAAAAUAUUUCUAGACCCUGUUCAGUUGUUUCUGAUUUUCAGUCAGAUGCUGAACUGGAAGAUGAAGAUUCAACAGAUGAAGGAUGGGUAAAAGUGAGACACAGAACUCAUGAAAAAAAUAAAUCAAAGCAAAUAGACGAGAAUGAUUUGUUCCCACCCCUGCCCAAUAGCAGAAUAAAUAUUUCACAGAAGCCAAGUUUUCAGAAGUCAUAUGCAUUUGUAACAUCAGGCUCGAAGGAAACUGUUAAAGAGUCCAGAAAACGUAAACAACCUGAAUUGCAAUCUUCUAAGUCGAUAAAUACACAGCAAAGAAAAGGGCAUUCAAUAUUGAAAGGUGGAACAACUACUGACAUAAAAGAUCUCUUCACCUAUAUCAAUAACUUUAAUUCAGGUCACCACAUUCUCUUUACUUCUACUCAGGACAUGUCCGAAAAUAUUGAAGCACUGGCUCUUGUUCCUUGGCUAAGCGUUUAUGAUUUUGAUAAACAUAGUCGAGAAGAUGGACUUUUAUCAAGAAUAGAGGACAGUAUAAAACAACGUCGAUCAAUUCACGUCUGCACAUGGAGGGAUCGUCCUCAUCUUUCCCACCAUGGAACACAAUGGUGUUUGCUUCGUGGAUCUGUGCAGGAGGCUGAUAGUAGAACGCCUGACGAUGAUAUACAAUGGAUGUUCUGCAUAAGAGAAAACUACGAAAAGCAGAUUGUAGAAUUAGCCAACAUAUCUGAUAAUUACUGCACAUUAACGUUUAUUGUGCUUUGGCCUUCAGAUCUCGAGUCAUGCCAGUACAUGUUCAAAGCACUUUCAAAAAUAGCAGAGCUCAUUGAAAACCCUAACAUUGUUAUUUGUUCCAAUGAAAGCGAUAUGUCUUCAGAAAGUAAAACUAUGCUAGGACUUCUGAAACCAAAACUUACGCUGAUAAAAGAUUUUAAGGAAAUACUACAAGAAAUGUCAAGUUUGCUCGGUGAGAAAUACUCCAUUCAAAACGUUGAUUACAAACUGCCAACAUUUGAUAAAAUAGAUGAGCCACAUAUCGACGAAUCGAUGGCUGCCAUAUUCAGAGAAGACUUUGAAAUUUUGUACUUGGACAACCCUUACCGCAAAACAAAAGAAAGCGAAAUGACAAUGGAAGAGUUACAUGAAGAAGAGAAGCAUUUUUACCGCGGAGGAAAUUUGCACUGGUUUGCACUUUAUCUUGCCGGAGCUGGUCAUUUUGAUGCAGAAAGAGAUCUAACAACAAAUAUUGUACGUAGAAUAAAGCAUUUCUUUUUAGAGCCAUUCAAGUCUGGUAAAAUCACGAUAUAUCACGCUCCUGGUGCAGGUGGAUCCACUCUUGGACAAAGAGUUUUAUGGGAAUUAAGAUCAAUGACUCCCUGCGGACAAGUACAAAUGAAUUCCAGAACAUCGGUUCAGGACAUAGUUGACAGAAUAAAAAUUUUAUUUGAGAAGACAAACCUACCUGUAGUAUUGCUUGUUGAUGGAGAAGAUCAGCAACGGUUCACAUAUUUGCAUAAAUUUUUGGAAAGAGCUCAUUUGAUUGUAAUAUUGUUACAUAUCAAACGCUGCACAAAACCAAGAAAAACUGUAAGUUUGAAGGAAACUGAAUUUUGGUUAGCUGGCACAGUUUCGUCAAAUGAAGCAAACAAAAUUGGAAUCAAGUUUUCAAAUCAAUGCGAUUCACCGGAAAAGAAAGAUCAAAUCGACAAUUUAGUCAAAGAUGUUGCCGAUGGUAAAGAUCACCUCAUGUACGAAUUUGGAAUGGUAGCAUUCUUGUCAGAAUUCAAAGGUGUGCGAUCUUUUGUGCGGGGAUACCUUCAGCUUGAUAAAAAUCCCACUGAAAAGCUUCUGCCGUGGCAAAAGAUUAUAGGAUACCUUUCUCUGGUUUACUACUAUGGUCAAACAUCAAUGCCCUGUCAGUUUUUUUCAACCCUUUUGGGGUUACCACCAAAUUAUGAUGUUACCAUGGAAGACUUCCCCUUUCCUGUUCAGAUGUUUAUCGUUUCUUGCUCAAAUGAAAAUAAACGCAAUACCAUUCGAAUAUGUCACUAUACAGUUGCAAAGGAAAUACUAGAGUACAUGCUUACUUGGAACAAAAACAAAAUGGGUAAAUGUGAUAGCUCUGGGCUUAGUAUUACAGCUCGAUACGAACUCUACGAAUUUUUGACCAUGUUUUUGGAAGACAUUAAAGCAAAGAAAAUAAAAAGCAUUGUAAAGUCUGGAGUCAUUGCAGAUAUUUUAAGGAGAACUCUUAUUUUCCGAGAUAACCAAGAUGUCGGUGAUAAUGAAGUCCCUGGGAAAAGGAAGCUGUCUCGUCUGAUGGCAGAUAUUGAAUGCAAAGCGCCUUACAUGGAAAGGAUUGACAUUCUAAAGCGCCUGACUGAUAUCUUUCCAGAGGAUGCUAAUUUUCAUGCGCAUCUAGGAAGAAUGUAUUCAAUAUGUAGACCAGAGGAUGAAAAGAGAGCUGAGAAUUGUUUCAUACAAGCAGUUGAUUUAUGUAGAAAGAAGAAAGCGGGGAAAUCGUAUGAAAACUUAGAUGACAGUGCAAAACAUACACUUAAGCAUGUUUAUCAUAUGUUUGGUAUGUUUUACCUUCAAAGAAUUACAAAAUAUACAGGAAAAUCCCACGGCGAUAAGCCAGAAAUUCUGACACCCCCGGAUAAUUUCGAUAGAAAAAUAAGGGAACUACUCCAAGACGCUAAGGAUGCUUGCUACUACUUCUUUGAGACACGGGAAUUGACAAAUUUGAUUGGAUAUGAAGAAGCCUAUGGAUACGUUGGAGAAAUAGCAACAAGAUUAAAAAUCUGUGAAUUUAUCUACAGGCAUAUGACUUUCAAAGAAUUUGAAGAGUUUUUAGAAGUUUCGCCUGAUUCAGAAAUAGUCAACUUCGUGAAGGAUAGCAUCACAACAAUUCUUGAGUUGUUUCUGCAAUGCUAUGGAUGUGUGGAUUCUGAAGAUCUGCCGCCCGGGUUUUUCAGAAACAUUUAUUGGUACAACGCACUCUUCAAGUCUCAGGCAAAAGAACUCGAAAGGCUGGACAUAACAGAAGACAUUUACUCCCGACGCCUACAUGUAGCUGUUAUCAAACUGAAAUAUGGAAAAGAUGAAUCUCUUGGAACCUUGGAAAGGAUAUCCUCAAAAUCGGACAUUGAAGAGAUAGUGCGUAUUUGUGAACAGAAUUUCAAGGAUGCUGACCGUGGCGGAUUUACUCCAAUUAGAAGCGCAAUUGACCUUGAAUACAAAGAUUGGCUGAAUGCCAUUAGACAUGAGAAAUUUCCAGAGAUCUAUUGCACUGCAGACGUCUUACGGAGAGUUCGCCAUUGGUAUGAUACUUUGAAAAGUCCGAGUUCAAAGUUCUACUUGUUCAUUCUUCUCAGCCUUCUUGGUUUUGGAUACUCUGAAGAAACAUCAUCAAAUGAUGAAAUGCUGAGGGAAGCAAACGAGUUACUAGAACAACUGAGGAAAGGAACGAAAGCUUUAGCAAAACCAAGAAGUCCGAAAGAAUGGUAUGGUAAAGGGCCAGGUAUAAAAUGUCUUAUACCAAGUUGGAAAGUCAGGAAAAGCGGUGAAAAUCGAGUCAACGCCGGGGACUCUAGUACAACGCAUUUAGCAGUAUUCAAGGGGACCAUUACACGGCCGCAUACACAAAGGCAAACGGGAUAUAUCAAAAUGGAUCUUGGGGACAAUAAAUUUACCGUUCGAGUGUUUUUCAUUCCAGUGAGAACUAAAGAGCCGCUUGUGGGAAGUCGAUACGCUGGAGAGCGCGUUGAAUUUGUCUUGGCCUUCACAUAUGCUGAUGGGUAUGAAGCAUACAAUGUGGCUUUGUUAAAGAAAUACCACUGUUUCAACUGCAAUAGAAAAGUUGAAAUUACAAGCGACAAGUUCUCUGUACAUUGUAAAUGUGGAAGGGUUGUAACCAAAUCGAAUAAUUGAACAAGGCCUGCAGCGUCG